GAUGAGCUGCGGCUGCCCGUCGAGGGCCUCGAGGCGGUGGUGUGCGACCUGGGCGACUUGGACCGGUGCAGCGACAUCGUGGCCGACGUCUUCGAGGUGAAGCGGCCCAUCCGGGGCAGGAGGCCCGAGUUCGACGAGUCCGAGUACCCUAGCAUGGUCAAGGGCCUCUCCGAGCGCCUCGGCACGGGUCCAGCAUAUUGGCCGGCACCGCUCCGAGACCCAGCCUGCUCAGACCCGCGCCGCGGGGGUCCACCAAGCGCCCGCAGCUGGGGCUGGUGCUGGCCUUUGUGGAGGAGGGAGGCGACUGGACGACGCCGCUCGUGGCGCUGA